GCCAACUGUUGUGUGAACACGGCCCUCCGCAUGUGUGUAACUGCUUAAAAGUCGAGCGGACGUGCAGAGAGCAGCAAAAGAACUGAUCCAUGGAGAGACUUGCUUUUCCCUUCAGGCUGUCAGUGGUACUGGUUUUAACGGGUUUAAGCCACGGGGCAGGUGUGCUACCACUGGACCUUCUGAAUGGACCAGUAGGAGGGAGUGUGAUGUUUGCCACAAGUGAAGCAGAGAAUCAGUUUUAUGCAAUGGCCUGGAGGGUUUUAAAGGAUGGUCAUAGUGUUGAAGCCAAUAUAGUAACUCUAACUUCUACAAACCACACCGAAGCAGAAUAUGAAGGCAGGAUCACCCUCUACAAAUCUACCGGAUCUCUGGAGCUCCGGGAUCUUUCUUUAAACGAUAGUGGACAUUACAGCGUUGCUCUUUUUCCUGUGGGAGGAGCCCAGCUCACAGGAGGCUGCAGGCUGGUGAUGUACGAGCCGGUCUCCAACGUAGUGGUACUGAACAACAACACAGAUUUGUUGGAGUUCAACAGCUCCGCCCGUCUGUCCUGCUCCGCCUCUGGCUUCUCUCUUUCGUACCGCUGGCUGAAUGGCAGCUUGGAGGUCACAGCCAGUGGGCGGGUUCAGCUGGGUGACGGAAACUCUUCUCUCGUCAUAUUCAACGUGACCCGCUAUGACCGGGGACCAUUCAGGUGUCAAGUGUUCAAUCCCGUCAGUAAUAAAACAAGUGAUCCAGUUCGUCUCUCCAUUAGCUAUGGGCCAGAGAAUGUCAGAAUUGAGGGUGCAGCUGAAAUAGAGGUGGGACAGACCUUGGAACUAUACUGCAUUGCUGACUGCGAACCAAAUCCGGACUUCGUCUGGAGGCUGAACGGGACAGAGAUAACUGGACACGAUGCUGCGCUAACUAAAACAGCGAGCCUUACAGACAGCGGGGAAUAUACCUGUCAAGCAAAGAACAGUAUGACGGGGAAAACGUUGGAGUCUCGCAAGCACGACUUGUCUGUGAAAGAGAAAGCGUUGGUACACGAAAGGUUAUCGGUCGGUGCCAUCGCCGGUAUCACAGUCGCAUGUCUCCUCACUGCAGGGGGCGCUGUCGUGCUAGGUUACCUUUCAUGGAGACGUUGCAAAUCGAAGGAAAUAUAUGCCUUAAAAAAGCCCCCCAUUGGUAACACGUUCAUCGGACCUGGCAGUGGUAAUGAUCAGGAAGGCCCCGGAGACAAGGGACCCAUUUAUGCAGUCAGCAAUGGUUUCCAGAAGAGGGACGCUGGGUCCAGUCCAUUCCAGGACCAGGGAAGUUUAUUCGUGAAUUACGCCCAGGUCGCAAAAAACGGCAUGCCAAGGACACCGUCUACCCCUCCUUUGUUCGAUAACCACAUGCAGAACGUGACUACGCCUGGCGCUCAGCCAGCCAGCCAGUCAGAGCUUGCUGACAGCCGCAAGCCACCGGGAGAGGUAGCCAUAGUAGAGGAUAAGACUUCCUACAAUUGAAAAGCUGCACCGUCACCUGCUCUUACAUCGGACCUCCGAUCUUCACAUAUACCGUGUCUGUAUCUGCUGCACUCAUGUACACAUUCAGGGAUGUCUCAAAACAGAGCUUCAGUUUCAUCAGGUGUACUAUGAGGAAUUAUUUAUAUUUUUACCGCCGCUUUGCGAGGGCUGUAUUAAUACACCACAGUGUGUGUCAGUCAGGAAACAUGAUGUUAGUUAACAAUCUGAUAUGAAACGUUGGUAAUAUCGAUGUAUUGUUUUUGAUCGAAGCCAAUCAUUGUUGUACAGUUGUUGCCUGGGUAGACUUAAAAAUUGUAUUUUGUGAUUAGUAUGGGGUGGUUUUUCCAUUUCUUCAAUAGGAUGCUUUUAAAGUUAUUUAUCAACAGGCAUGUGAAAGCAAAGGGAAAUGUUUUCCUCUUGGUACUGCUGAACUGGCCUCACACGGGUGUUUGGUCGAGGUAAUCAUUAGUGAAGGCCAUCUCCUCACUCACUUGCAGUUGAUUGCACUGAAACACCACCUGCUGUAACUUAAACUUACUUAUUGUUCUUUAGUUCUGAUUCACAUCUUUGUAUUGCUUGUUUUACAAUAUGAUUUGUUGAGCCAUGUUUCACUGUCGGCACGCUAACACUGCUGUUUGUCACAAAUGCUUUUUUAUUGAAGAAUGUAUGCAAAUAAUUUGCUUUUGGAUUGAUUGUAUAACAUGGAAAAAGUAUUUACAUUUUUAUUUCAGUAAUUAUUUUGCUGUAAGGAAAGAACUUGGCUUUUAAUGCACAUAACAGAUUUUUAUUUUGUUAUGAUCUAGGCUAAUACUUUUCUUUGUGUUUACUAUGAGUCACGCCAAUAAUAAAUACUUUUGAAAUUUUUAGUUCAG